GAUCAGAGAUCCAUGGUCGAGUCGGAGUCAGAGUCUUCCAGGCGCUGGGGAGGUGAUGUGGUCGACGGUGGCCGAGAUGAGGCUGUCCUCAAGCCGGAGAUCGAGUGAGCCCCCUCAAGUCUGGUCCAGUCCGUCGAUGGAGCGAGGCAUCAAGGCACCUGCGGCGAGAUUGUUCCGGCAAUGCACCGUGAAGUCGGUUCAUUCGGAUUUAGUGUCCGCUUUUGGUUUAAGACCGGAACAACAAAAGCCGGAGAUCCCAAGUUUUCUGAUGAUGCGCCUUUGGGUGUGGACGCUAUCGGGACACGGUCUACACGCUAAUCUUAAGAGUCUCAUAGCUUGGAAUCGAUUUGGGAUUCAAGUUAAGAUUUGGUUUCCUCUGAGUUAGUAGUUGUUUUCGUGUCAUAGUGGUUAAUUUAGGUGGUCUAAGAGAUGUUUUCACUCCGAAUAGCGGGGUGUUUUCAUCUUGCAGUGGUUGGAAAAUACAAUGAUUUCCAGUUGGGUAGCGUUGGAUCCGUUAGUGUUUCAGGGUUGUACUUGACUAAAUCAUUGUAUUUGAGUGAAGUUUGUCGAGGUCAAAUGAUUUGUAAUACCGAUUUGGUGAAUGAAUAGUUGAUGUUGAG